GAUACGCGACAUUUCAGUUGUUGAAGCUGGAAAGAAGUUGAAGUUAUACCUUGUGGAGGAACCAAAUCUCACCCGUCCCUUUAACAGAGAACUACAAACCCUUCCUUAAUACCAUACCCCAAUACAGUCCACCGUUUCCAUCUCAUCCACCAUGCAGGCUCCAGUCGUUGUCCUCAAUACCGGAGGUGGGGAUAGACAGAUAGGUCGAAAAGCCCAGAUGUCAAACAUUACCGCCGCAAAAACCGUUGCCGACAUUAUUCGAUCAUGUCUCGGGCCCAAGGCGAUGCUGAAGAUGCUCCUCGACCCCAUGGGCGGCAUCGUGCUCACCAACGACGGUCAUGCCAUAUUACGGGAGAUAGAGGUGUCGCACCCUGCCGCAAAGAGCAUGAUCGAGUUGAGCAGAACCCAAGACGAAGAAGUUGGAGACGGCACCACCACCGUCAUCAUUCUAGCGGGCGAGAUCCUUGCCCAAGCUCUUCCGCAGCUGGAACGAAACAUCCACCCCGUCGUCAUCAUCUCUGCCUUCAAACGAGCGCUCGCCGAUGCCCUCAUCAUCGCCGAAGAAGUCUCAAAACCGGUCGACAUCAAAAAUGAUGAAGCCAUGUACUCGUUAAUAUCCGCCUCCAUCGGCACAAAGUUUGUUUCGCGGUGGUCGAAACUCAUGUGCAGUCUUGCCUUGAGCGCCGUGCGGACGGUCGCCUUUGAGCUGGGCGGGAAGCCUGAGGUGGAUAUCAAACGAUAUGCUCGCGUGGAGAAAGUCCCCGGUGGCGAGAUUGAGGAUUCAAGAGUGCUGAAUGGCGUCAUGUUGAACAAGGACAUCACACAUCCGAAGAUGAGGCGGUUAAUCAAGAACCCCAGGAUCAUCCUGCUGGAUUGCCCAUUGGAGUACAAGAAGGGGGAGAGCCAGACGAACAUCGAGAUCACGAAGGAGGACGAUUGGAAUCGGAUAUUGCAAAUCGAGGAGGAGCAGAUCAAGUCCAUGUGUGAUGCUAUCCUGGCCGUGAAACCGGACCUCGUCAUUACCGAGAAGGGAGUCAGCGACCUUGCCCAGCAUUUCUUCAUGAAAGCCAACAUCACUGCGAUCCGCCGCGUCCGCAAGACCGACAACAACCGUAUCGCUCGCGCGGUCGGCGCCACCAUCGUCAACGACGUGCACAACCUCCAACCGUCCGACGUCGGCACCGGCUGCGGGCUAUUCGAAAUAUCCAAGAUCGGCGACGAAUACUUCACCUUCCUGACCGAAUGCACGGACCCCAAGGCAUGCACCAUCCUUCUCCGCGGUCCCAGCAAAGACAUCCUGAACGAGAUCGAACGCAAUCUCCACGAUGCCAUGGGCGUCGCACGGAACGUCAUGUUCCACCCGCGACUCAGCCCCGGAGGUGGAGCGACGGAGAUGGCCAUUGCGGUGGGCUUGGAGCGGAGGGCGAAGAGCAUCGAGGGCGUCGCACAGUGGCCCUACCGCGCCGUUGCGGAGGCGAUGGAAGUCAUUCCCCGUACUCUGAUCCAGAACGCCGGUGGCUCACCGAUCCGAGUCCUCACGCAGUUGCGAGCCAAGCAUGCCGAGGGCGGGUCCAGCUGGGGCGUGGAUGGAGACAAGGGCAUCAUCGCCGAUAUGAAGGAAUAUGGCGUGUGGGAGCCACAAGCGGUCAAGAUGCAAAGCAUCAAAACCGCUGUGGAGAGCGCCUGUUUACUACUGCGAGUGGACGAUAUCGUUGCCGCGAAGUCCGCGAAGCAGGCAAGCGGUCCGAUUGGAGGAGGUGGAGAGGAAUAGACUUCGAGAUCCCGCCUGUACUCAUACUAGAUAUCUGGAAGCGAUGCGCCUCUACAACAGGAUAAAUAAAUGAACUGCAGGAGGCCACACGAGCUGGAGUCACUGGUCUGCAUUGAACCUAGGCACAAAUCACGCAACAAGCGCAUGAGGACACCUGCAAAUUUUGAACCUGACCAAUUGUUCCAUGGAUCGAGAAUCUGUACAU